GGAUAUCCGGUUGUAACGGAAGGCCGGCUUCUCUCCAUCCCAGAGAAAUGGCCGUUCUCAUUCUUACAAACACACUAGCAACAUAUCUUGACGUUUAGCAGCUAAUGCGUUCCAGGGACUGAACUUCUCUACCGAGACUCGACUCGCCGCUUCACCGUGUUGUGCUGUACAAUACCGUGAAUAUAAAUGUUGAGUUUUAGGUAAAGUAUUUUCCUUAGGAAGGCUAGUUCUGCUGUUAGCUACCUGCCAGCCUGCUAGCGUUAGCCCGUUAGCUGCCGAACCACUGGUCAUCCUACUCUGCUCGGUAUAGUCUGUUAAUGGGAAAUAAAUAGGACCUGAACCACAAGAGGACCGCCUUCCCGUUUUAAUAGGAGAGUUAAAUCACCGGGUAACCCCGAGACUAAAUGCCCGAACAAGGUCCCAGGAUGAAUGGCUUUUCUCUUGGCGAGCUGUGCUGGUUGUUCUGCUGUCCGCCCUGUCCGAGUCGCAUCGCGGCCAAGCUAGCUUUCCUCCCCCCGGAGCCCACGUACUCGGUGCACACGGACACUGAAGGGGCAACUAGCUUACAUCUAACCGAGCGGGCGGACUGGCAGUAUUCUCAGCGGGAGCUCGAUGCGGUGGAGGUGUUUACCACCAGAAGCAGCCGGGGUAACCGGGUCGGGUGCAUGUUUGUGCGGUGCGCCCCGAACAGUCGCUACACGCUGCUGUUCUCCCAUGGCAACGCCGUGGACCUCGGGCAGAUGUGCAGCUUUUACAUCGGCCUCGGCUCCAGAAUCAACUGCAACGUGUUCUCCUACGAUUACUCAGGCUACGGAGUCAGUACAGGGAAGCCUUCUGAGAAGAACCUGUAUGCGGACAUCGAGGCGGCCUGGCAGGUCCUGAGGAACAAGUAUGAUGUAGCUCCGGAGAACAUCAUCUUGUAUGGUCAGAGUAUUGGGACGGUGCCCACCAUCGACCUGGCUGCCCGCUAUGAAUGUGCUGCUGUUAUCCUCCACUCACCACUCAUGUCAGGGCUCCGGGUGGCCUUCCCUGACACACGCAAGACGUACUGCUUUGAUGCCUUCCCCAGUAUCGACAAGGUGUCCAAGGUGGCGUCCCCGGUGCUGGUGAUCCACGGGACGGAGGACGAGGUGAUCGACUUCUCCCACGGCCUGGCCAUGUACGAGCGCUGCCCCCGGGCCGUGGAGCCCCUCUGGGUAGAGGGGGCCGGGCACAACGACAUUGAACUGUACGCCCAGUACCUGGAGAGACUCAAGCAGUUCAUCUCCUUCGAGCUGCCCUCCUCCUGAGGAGGUGGGGGUUCAGUACUGAGGCCAGGGAUCAUCUCAACACACUCCUUAUCAUCUCCCAGCUUCUAGCAUCGGGCAGGACUGGUUCUCUGUCCCAGAGCCCUUCUGGGGAGGAAUGUGUAGGCGAUUGGAAAAAGAGGGUUUUAGAUUGUUGAGGUGCGGCCAGGAGUCGGGAGCCGGGGGGGGGGGCUCUGGCUGAACACGGGCUGUCCACCCCCUGGCAGCUGCUUUUCAUGUGGACACCGUGUCUGGAUUCACUCUGAACUCUCCUUCCCUUCCUCCUCUCACUCCGCCCCCCCUCCUGCUCCACAGCUCCAGUUGGUCACAUGUCCAUAUUUCCCUCUGUUUCUCCUUUUUUUUUUGACCAAGUCUUUGCAAGCUUGAUUUUUGUAUUCUUUUAUACCAAGUGAAGGAAGCAUCAAUUUUUGCACCUUGAGACAAAUGAAGUUUUUUACUUUUUCUGUAUUUUUAAGUUACCAUUCAGGGUUUACCAAACAAUUGCACUUUUGACGUGCACAUAUUUUCAGGUAAUGAUUUUUGCUUUUGUGUUUGAAUAUGAAUGUUGAUUUUCUUUUGUUAUCUGCAUUCCACGUUUUUUCUUAAUUGCAGGUAGAACCUUUUUUCAGUGGGUGUGUACAGAAGCUGUUGACGAGAGUCUUUGUAGUCCUGAUGCGUGCUGCUCUCAUACAGGAAGACGGUAAACCUAACUUUAUUAAACAAUCUAGCAAUUUCUCUAGCUCAAAGGUUCUCAAACUGUUCUGGGAGAGUCCAGUCUUUGAACUUGUGAAGCUCCUGGUUAAAUCAGCAUACAGACAGCAACUUAAACACAAAGACAUUUAGAAAGAGUACAAUAAUUGUGCAGAUGGUGCUUCAUGGAAGUCUGCAGUAAAGAUGGAUAUGAAUCGAAGUUGUUUAUUGAAAUACAUUUUGAUUGGUGGAUUAUCUAAAUGCAAAAUGUAAUGCUGAUUUUACCAGACCACCUAACAAUUAAAGUAAAAUGCCUUAAAAGGUCAUUCAGUGAAUGGAUCUUAUCAGCCUGUGUUGCAGAGUAUAGAUACGCCUUGCCAUCGCAACAAACAGACAUAUUGGUCCAUAGCCCACAGUCUAACUAGCAUGGAUAUUUUGGGGAGGCAUUGACAUCCUCACUAACUGUACCUUUACUGAAGAGAGAGCAGCAGGCACCGCGCUACCAUUCUGUUAACUGCAGAUCAUGUGCUGAUAAGACUUGACUCAGUACUGUAGGCUGAAGCUGUUCACCUGCAGACUGAACUGUGAUCCUGCUCCAUGUGAAGGUGUUCGAGGUCUGGGUGUCUUCACUCAUUUCUCACUACUACUACUAAAAAGCCUUAUGUUCGUAAACAUUUCAGCCAGUCCUGUGAACCACAGCAGGCUCCGUGGUCUUAAAACUGCUGCUAUUCAUCAGAGGUAUCAGUCAAUCACUGUGGAAGCCAGACGGUUGAAUACUGAGGUGAGAGCAAGGUACUAAAACCAGAUUCAGCCUCUGAGCCGUGUGGGCUCUCCUCCACCUUCUCCGUCUGCUGAGCUGUGAUGGCGUUAUCUUCACCCAGCUGGAACUCCAAAGACCUGACAGAACCACCGUGGGGAAAUCUGAAGUGUGCAACGCAUGCAAUCACCUCCAACCUUUGUAUCAAUUGUAUCUCAAUCAUUUCUUAUUUUCCCCUUGCAAAGUAAAACACUAAACCAUUAAGCUAAACACUAAAUCAUGUUAAACAAUCACAAUAGAGUAAAAGAGACACUAUCCCGUGCCUGCUGAUUAGAGGGAUUGUGUUUGAGGGAUAUUUCAAAGCAACUUGUGUGAUCGAUGAUUGGUCCGUUUACUGCUGUGAAGUGGUUUGUCAUUUGAGUGUCUGUGUUUUUAUUAUUUUAAUGUAUGGCUGAUGUUUUUGAAUGACGAGCCCCUGAUCAUCUCUACUGUUCGUCUUGUGGCUCCUCUUUUUUAAGCUGAUGAAAACCCCACUCCAGUCCUGAUUAUUGUUUUGAUACUGACAUUUUUACGAGGUUUUUCCAGUCUAACUCUUGAUAGGUUUACACUGUCUCCGGAGCUGGUUUGUACGAUACUCCUCUGUAAUGAUAUAUCUUCACUAUACAUAUUAGCCCUCACGCAGGGCUGUCUAGUAUUGUUGCUUUUAACACUGGAAUCACAAUAUGCAAAUGAAAGGCAGAUGAAGCUCACAGUAUCAGAUGUUGGUGAUGUGUAAAUCAGAUGAGCCUUAAACAUGUUGUGAAGCAGAUUGUCAUACAUGUGGUAGUUGCAGGAAGGCAGCACAAUGGAUGUUUUAAUGAUUAUAAUGGAAUAAAGAAUGCAUGGAAGUGUA